AUGAAGCUCAACAACGAGACGGUCACCGUUGAGCUCAAGAAUGGCUCCGUCAUCCAUGGCACGAUUACAGGUGUGGACAUGCAGAUGAACACCCAUCUCAAGACCGUGAAAAUGACCGCGCGCAAUCGCGAGCCCACUUCUCUUGAUAGUCUCUCCAUCCGCGGCAACAACAUUCGCUAUUUUGUCCUACCCGACGCGCUUCCCCUCGACACCCUUCUCGUCGACGAUGCUCCCAAACCGAAGAAUCGGAAGAAAGACGAGGCGCGCGGCCGCGGACGUGGGCGUGGGGAUCGCGGUAGGGGUCGUGGGCGCGGGCGUGGACGAGGCAGAGGAUUCUAA